AUGGUGAAGCUGUUGCUGAGUGUAUUUCUGUAUGGAGGAGUAUCAAAAGCAAAUAAUGCUGCGAUCGAUACUUCACUGGAAUCUAUUCGGCUGAUGAAUAAUGAUAUCUUUCCGGAAAAUCCGAUGAUCAAUGUGGAUAAAUUUCGUCAAUUCAUCGCCGCCAUUCGAUUCCAUAAUCUAUCAUUUAACUUAGCUUCAAGUUCCAACCCAAACGAUGACGACAAUGAAUUCAACUGGGUCUCUGAUAUCGCCAUUGUUUGUGAUAGAAGUACUGUCCCUGUUACUCUGGCACUUAUCCAAUAUGCUGGUCAAGAAAGGGAAAUGACAGGUGAUCGAAACGGAAUGGAACCUAUCUUUCUCUACCUCAUUGACAUAACGAGCGGAUGGAUGCCUGUUUUCUUCACUCGGCAACCUACUCACCAGCCACUUUUCAUUGAUAAUGAGCGCCAAAUAGCUGCAUCACGCAACACACUGGGCAACUCGCCGGAACGAAACACAUUCAAGAAGCUCGUCAGCAUUGUCAUGAACGUUCUACUUCCACGCAUCGAAGAAAACUGA